UCUGACUGGAAGGAGGUGUUCGGAACUCUCUGGGUGAGUGCCCCAGAUGGGGUGCCCAGUACACAGACCAAUAAGAACCCCAGAGGGGAAAGACUGGUCAUUUCCUCCCUGGCUCUGCACCCUCCCCUGGGGCUUAGAAACCACAGUCUGUGGGCAGGAGGGACCUUUGAUCAGCGGGGACCCUGGGAGACCUGAACAUGGCGUCUUUGGAGUACAGCACUUCUGAGUACUUCGACUAUGGCACUGCCACCCUGGACCCCAACAUGUCUGUGGACCAGUCUCCCAGCACCCGCAGGCUGUCCGUUCCCGACACCAUCGCCCUGGUGCUCUUCUCUGUCGUCUUCCUGAUAGGGGUGCCGGGCAACGCCCUAGUGGUCUGGGUGACCAGGUACGAGUUCCAACGGACCAUCAACGCCAUCUGGUUUCUCAACCUGGCGGUGGCCGAUCUCCUGUCCUGCCUGGCACUGCCCAUCCUGUUUGCCGCCACUGUGCAGCACGGCCACUGGCCCUUCGGUGGCACCGCCUGCCGCAUCCUGCCCUCACUUAUCCUGCUCAACAUGUACGCCAGCAUCUUUCUCCUGGCCGCCAUCAGCGCCGACCGCUUUCUGCUGGUGUUUAACCCCAUCUGGUGCCAGAACUACCGGGGCGCGCGGCUGGCCUGGGGGACCUGCGGCGUGGCCUGGAUGGUGGCCCUGCUGCUCACCAUCCCCUCCUUCCUCUUCCGCCGGGUGCGCACGGACUACUUUCCCUUGCGGACAACCUGCGGUGUGAACUAUGGCUCGGAUGGGGUCCUGGUGGAGAGAGGCGUGGCUCUCCUCCGGCUGAUUGUGGGCUUCCUGUGGCCGCUGGUGACGCUGACCAUCUGUUACACCUUCCUCCUGUUCCGGACCUGGAGCCGCAGGGCCACGCGCUCCACCAAGACACUCAAGGUGGUGGUGGCCGUGGUGACCAGCUUCUUCAUCUUCUGGCUGCCCUACCAGGUGACGGGGCUGAUGCUGGCGGUGUUCCCCAAGAGCUCGGAGAAAUUUACCUCCGUGUCUAGCCUGGACUCCCUGUGUGUGGCCUUUGCUUACAUCAACUGCUGUAUAAACCCCAUCAUCUACGUGGUGGCUGCCCAGGGAUUCCACAGCCGCUUCCUCAAGUCCCUCCCGGCCAGGCUGCGGCAGGUGCUGACCGAGGAGUCCCUGAGCAGGGACAGCAAGUCCUUCACCCUCUCCACGGUGGACACCCCAGCCCCGAAGAGCCAGCCGGUGUGAGGGGAGGGCCUCCCAGCCUCCCUCCCAUCUGCUCAGUGCUCGCCCCUCUUUCCCGCCUGUCCCUUCUCUCUCUGCCUCUCUUGCUCCCAGCCCUUGGUGCGGUGCUGAUGUUUUUGAGUGAAUGUUCCUCCAUUCCUUUCCAUCUUUCCCAGACGGGUCCUCCCGCGCUUGCAGGAUGAACGGGCCCCUCUAGGGACCCUCGACUUUUCUUUCCAUCCAAGGGCUUUGGAAAGCAAGCAGAAACCAGUAUUACUGGCAGCUCCCCCAACGGGUGUCCCCUCUGUCUGUCCGUGCGCAAGGGCAGGUGGUGAAUAGAACACAUUGGACACAGAGAAAACAGACACAUGGAAACAUUCCAACCUUUAAACGAUGAUGAUGUAUUUAUUUUAUAAAUACAUGGGGAAAAAAACUGUAAGGACCCUCUCAAAACAUAUUCUGGUCAAGGACAAGGCAAAAUUCACUGGCUAAGCUUUUCUCAGCGAAUUGGUUUAAAGA